AUGGCGGCUACGGCCGCAGAGGAGAAAAACGUCGACCUCGGCAUGGAAAGGUCGGACACAGAGGAUUACCCGUCUGAUCAGAGUCACUCCUCCCAGAAGGAGCUUGAAGGUAAAAGCGGCAGACAUAACCCAACCCAGCUACACACAAAGAACGGUAGCGGUCCUGCUAAAAGGAACCGAGAAGAAAGAGAUAACGACAAUGACAACGAUAAACUACGCUCAAAGAAAGGACCAUACCACUUACAGAUCUCGUAUAAAGACAGAAACAAACAAAUAUCUGCCCUCGUGGUUUGUAUGUUCUUGGACGGUAAAUUUCCAAGUAUUACCAGCUUUGAAAUCAAAGGAAAAUUCCAAGUGGAAGUCACCAUGGAUGACCAAGCAGAAGCCAAUGUGCUACUUGGCGACCCUGACCUGCAAGACAAAGGAAUCCAGAUAACAAGACGUGGUCAGAACCAAAAACUAACAAGAAAAGGUAUCAUCAAAGGAAUCGACACAAUGAUCCCGGACGACUUAAUCUCUCAAAAAAUUAAAAAUGAUGAAAACAUUAGAGUUACAGAAGUCAGGAGGCUCAACAGAAGAAAUAAAAAGUCCCAAUCGAAAGAUGACAAAUGGAUCCCUAGUCAGUCGAUUGUGUUGACUUUUGAAGGAAAAGAGCUACCAGAGUAUGUGUUGUAUUUCCUGGUACAAGAACAUAAGGACGGUUGGUAA